AGCAGUUAUUUUGCUGUCUGUCGCCAGAUACUUGUACUGAUUUCUUUACGCAAGAGUACCCCUUGUUGCCGAAUCGUUUCUAUUCUAAGUGCACCAUCAUUCUUUCCAUUUACUCUCUCUGUUUUCUGCAGAUUAAAACGUAGUCACAUUCAGAAAAUUACACGAGUGCUUUGCACCAAAGCUGAACCAUCGGCUAUUGUCUGAAGUUUUAGCCAGACCGAUAUCUUUUUCUCCUUUCUUUCUCGUAACGUAGUUUAAUCGAAGCUUAGAGAAACAACAACAACAACAGAAAAACGAUGAGUGCUGCCAUGAAUUUCGGAGAGAAGGAGCCGCCAGUGCACCCCAGCGGCCGUGCCCACGUGGCUCUCUACCCCAAAGGCGGUCUCACCUUCGGCUCCACCGGCCUCAUGCCCAGCGCAGCCAACAACAGCGUCGCCGUCCAGCGCGCGCCGCUGCAUCACCGCUUCAGCCCCGGCGUGCGGGCGGGGGUCUUGAGCGGGAAGCAGCACCCGCAGGGCCGCCGCCACCUCGACCCCAACUUCUUCACCAACUUAUCCGAUGACGCGAAGCGCGAGGAGGGCCGUUACGGCCGUGCGCACGUUGCUUCGGAGCAGCAGCAGCAAGCCGACGCGUACUACUCAACGAAGCAGUCGUCCGUGGAGCAGCCUCCGGGGGAGGAGUGCAAUUUGUAUCUCAAGUCCUACUACUACACCCCGCUGUCGAAGGCAGAUCGUGCGUCUCCACCACCCAAGGUUCCCGUGUCGGACGUGGGCAACGGCGCGCAGAGCACCUCCUUUAAACUGGCGGAGGGCCGCCUGCGCCGCCUCAAGGCAGAGCACCCCGAGUACGAAGCAGAGGUGAACAAGGUGCUGCGCGAAGAGCACGGCGACUACGCGAUUGUGAGGUCGCAGGAGAAGCUGUCCCGCAAGGCCGCCGUCGCCGAGUACGCGAAGGGCAGCGACGCCCGCGUGAAGCAGAUUGCGGCGACAACCAAGUACCACGGCGCGCCAAACCUCGGCUCUCCAACCCCAUCGAUCGAGCGUAAUGUGCCGUACGCGCUGGACGACUCGCGCAGCCGCCAGGACACGCAGCUGACGUCCAACUCCCACGUGCGGCUCUUCGACCAGCGCAACCGCCGCUCCGCACCCGUCGAGCCGCCUGUGAAGCCGCGCGACCGUCGCGAGCACGAGAGCCCCGUGCCGUACGACUCGGCGGACGUUUCGAAAGAGCAGUACCCCUCCCCGCCCCCCAUCGGCGUGCGUCAGGGCAUCUACGCGAAGCCGACAAUGGUGCACAUCGACCCGCGCAACCGCGAGCAGUGCGGCGAAGACGUCGACACUCUCAACUUCAAGCGAGCGCGUGCACGGAGCGGUGCGAGCCAGUCGCAGGAGAGCCGUCCAGAUUUUAUCUUUGGCACUGGUCCGGCGCCGCGGCAGCCACGCCCCACGCUGGCCCAGCGCACGGAGUCGCGAUGGAAAGCGCAGGAGCGUGACGCCGAGGAGCGUCGCACCGGCAAAGCUUUCUACCCGCAGGCUUAUCCAGAGACGUCGCUGUGGUAA